AUUUUGAAUUUGUCAAUGUUAACCUCAAUACUUCAGUAACUCCAAUAUUUUUUUCUUCGACAAAAGACUUUUUUCCAAGCAUUCUUUAAUGCUAGACACCCGUAAAGAUAAGAAGAGUGGUUUCCAAAAACGGGUGAAGAAAGUGUACACUUUGGUAGAUGAAUUAGAUACGAGUCUAUUAAAAUCGGAACAGCUGGACAGGCAAAUAUUGAUGAUGAUGAAAAUAGAUCAACUCAAAGAUCAAAGCAUUUCUACACAGUUAAAGGAAGCUCAAAAAGAAAAUAAGCAACUUUUAAAUAUGCUUCAGUUAGAUGAUAGGGAGGGCAGAGAUGUACCUAGAACAAAUUCAAGUACUUCUUGCAGUACCAUGAGUUUGGUACAUCUACAAUACAAAUAUGAAGAAUUGGUAGCAAAUCAAAACGGUUUACUAAAAAUUUUAGACAUGAGACACGAAGAAAUUCGCAAAUACCAUACAGAAAACGUGAAAUUAAAAGAAGAUCUUGAAAAUUUAAAAUACACUAUAAACAAAUACGAGAUAGAAUUUGCUAAAUUAUUGGAUCAAGUUAGAAAAACGAAAAAUAGGAAAAAUAGAAAGAUUUUUAAGCUAAAAUCUGAAAGAGACACUUUAAGAUUGGUUCACAACAAAUUUGUUAGUUUAUUAAAUAAGCAGACAAUGGAGCAAGACCAGUUUUUAAUGGAUCAAUUGAGAUAUACUGAAAAUUCUGAAAAAGCUUUACUUAUUCAAGAAAUACGUAAAAACAACAGUCUCCUGUACGAAAAUUUCCAACUCCAGCAAAAAGUUGACUAUCUUCAAGCCAGACUGAAGGGAAAAUCAUCAAGACCAAGGUUGUCGGCCACAGCUUCAAAAACCAGCUCGAAUUUGAGUCGGUGAUUUAGUUUAAGCGACAAAUUCAUAUUUGAGGUUAAUAUUUAGCGUACUAUUUAAUUCUGUCAAAAAAUCAAACGAA